AUGUGGUCCCUAAUCGUCGUCGCCUGUUCCAUCCUCGGACCGUCCCUAGCUCUUCCUGAAGUGUCGUAUCCCUUCAAUUCGCAAUUCCCAACGGUUGCUCGAGUGGAUAAUCCAUAUGACUUCCAGCUUGCGCCAUCAUCUUUCGCUCCGGUCGGUGAUGGUGUGAAGUAUGCGCUCUCUGGCGCGCCGGUAUGGCUGUCGAUCGACUCGACGACUCGACGACUCCAGGGGACGCCAAAGGUCAACGAUGUUGGUGUAUCUAUGUUCCGAAUCUCAGCGACCGAUUCGAGCGGAACCGCGUCUAUGGAUGCCAUGUUGUUCACGGUGAUGGAUCCGCCUCCUGGACUAGGAGAAGAUGUCAGUUCUCAGUUAGCGAAGACGGAGAAGUUGUCGGGGCCAAGGACGGUUCCAAUCCGCUCGGGGGCGCAGUUUGACAUAAAGUUUUCAAGAAACACAUUCGCAGAUGAUGGCUCACGUAAAAGAUACUACGCCACUUCAAAAGACAGGACACCAUUGCCAACGUGGUUGAAGUUUACGCCAGAGACGCUGGGGUUCACUGGAAGAACACCAGACACCACGGGGCCUCCUCAGGAGUUCAUGAUCAUUCUGAUUGCGUCCGAAAUAGAUGGGUUCGAGGCUGCGUCUGUGAAUUUCACCAUCGCAGUGAGCCCACAUGAGCUCGUCUUCGAUCCGUGGGAGAACAAUUUGAGACUAAGAGGAGAGUCGGGGAGCACGAGAAAUAUCAAGAAUACGCUGUUUCUGGACGGCAAGGUUGCAGUAAAUUCGGAUAUCUCCAGGCUCUCAGUCGAGACACCAGACUGGAUCAAAUUCGACGACGGAGUAUUCAGAGCGGCUGGUGGCAUCCCUUCGAGCAUCCAGGAGACGACAAUCAAUGUGCUUGCGGAGGAUCGCUUUGGCAAUCGAGCGUCAUGUGUUGUGCGUGUUAAGGUGGACAAGGACAAAUUAGGUCUUUUCCGCAACGACAUCGGGCCGAUCGACGCGACGAUCGGUGAAGAAUUCCGUUACACGUUCGCACAAUCUCUGUUUACACGUCCAGAUGUGUCGGUGGAAAUCGUUUUAGGGUCUGCGUCUUCCUGGCUUCAAUUCGAUCCACGCACGCUCACCCUUCACGGCAAAGUUCCAACUGGCCUUGAACCAUCAAAAAUCCCUGUUAAACUCAUCGCUAGUUCAAGUUCUAACUUUGAAGAUGAAGAAAAGUUUCAUAUAUCACUA